UUACAGAGUGCCAUGCACCAGCCGAGCAAGUACCACUGAGAUGCAUGGGAAAAUUAACAGAUUGGUUUCUCCAGGUAUAUUAUACACUCUUUGACCUGAAGACACAUUUACACUUGGCUGAAAUGUGUCUUGGAUUGAUCAGUGAUCAGAUUGCCGUCUCAAAUGCAUCAUAGAGGGCAUUUACACUGGCAGUCCAAUCUGUAAAAAUGCAACCAUGUGUAAAUGCCCACUAACACUUGUGCACUUUUCUGCUUCUGAUCUGAUCAAGCUGCUUUAUAUGGCCAACAAUUGCAGGCGCACGUCUAUUUGAUGCAUUCUAUCUAAUUUGUAUAUAACCUGUAACUGGCUGAGAAUGAACGGGAUGCAUGAGAUAAACACUGAGAGAGAAUCUGAAUCCAGUAAUUCCUUGCAGCACAAGCUGGAUGAAAUAAAACACCCCGGGCUACACGUAUGGUGUUUCCAGACAGGCAAAAGCGGAAAAGAUAGAGUUAAAUAUCAUAUCUAAUAAUCAUGUUUUUAAAGGAAAUCAUAUUAAGGUUGUUAAGAGGUGCGGCACCAAAUGUCAGAACCGUGUUAGUUUCACGCGCUCUCUGAUAGAUGCGAAGCGACUAGCCGAAGACGCUCGCGCUGACUCCCAACUCGCGCAGGGGUAUUUCCGCAGACUGAGAACAAGAGAGGGAGAGAAUAGUGAAGCCAAUCACGUGGCGGGGGAGGGGCUUCGCGAAGUCUUGUCAGCCAAUGGCAGCGCCGCAACGGUAAAGCGACCCACGUGGGCCAGGAAUCUUGUACUUAUCAACGAACAUGCAUUGAAUCCGCUCUAGCCAAUCAUCUGGGUCCGAAGUGUUAAUCUCAAUACGGAUUGGCUGGCAGUUUCAUACAGUUCUUUAUUCAUCUCCGUUGUUAACUCAUUCCUGCCACACGUUUUUUACUGUGACUGCCUCAUGAAACAUUCCUCAUCCAAGUUCCUUUUUGGGAAGCAUUUUCUUGUCAGCAAAAUAAAUGGCCCGAAGUUUAGGUGCAAAUUGUAUAUAAAACAUCCAUCGUCUUUUUUAUAAUCUGCAUCCAUUAGGCCAUAAACCAUUAGCUUGAUUACAUUAGGAUGAAAUUUACAUUGGUCCUGUUGAUACGGAUGUGUCAAUUAGCCCACACACAAAAUGAAAUGUUCUUAAAUAAACUGUCUGAUUGAAUAGACGGAUGUGAGAUCUAAAAAUACCUCACUAUUGAGGAGGAAGCAUAUGUCUAUUCUAGGUUGUAAUAAUAAGGCAACAGACCAAAUUGUUGAGGGUAAUAUUUAGCGCCGGUCCUCCCUAUCGUUUUGACUAUAAAUUCAACAGAGUCGUGGGAAAAUGACCGUUGAUUCUAAAAACGGCUGAAAACGUAUAGUAGCCUAUACUGACGAUUUUUAAAGGUGGACUCAGUAAGUUUUUGUUUGCCAAAAAUUAAACAUUUAACUUAAUCGCCUCAGUAGUUCCAGUGCUUUUGGAAUCUAUACUGACACCUAUUGGCCUGGAAGCAUUAAGUUUGUUACUAAACGCUGUCGCUUCAUGCUUCGUUGUUUUGUUGUAUCUGUAGUAUGUUGGCUUGUUUUGUUAAUGCUUAUGAUUACGGAAGUGCCUAGAGCACUGGAUGAAAGCAAACACAUUAUUUUUAGUAUUAGUAGUAGUAGUAAUCUGGUCAAUUAAUAGACAAAAUAUGGCGGCGCCCAUGAUGAAGCAGCCCACUAACGUUACAUGCUGAAUAAGACAGCUGUUUUCUAGAUGACUGACAUGACUGAAGUAUUUUCAUGUGGGUGUACAUAAUUUUAAUGGUUUUUCCAAAAAGUUCUUUUUUAUUUCUGUAUAUGUAAAACUUAGUGCACCUUUAAUUGCUGUUAAGACAGCUUUAAAUCGCUUGGCUCAUGUUUUGCACCUUUCUUUGACUGUAAGGUCCCGUUUGCAGAGGGGGGCUAUAAAACAAAGAUUAAAAAUAGUCAAGUGAGUAUAAUCCCAUCAUGCUCACAGUCACAGAGGCACCACGUCUGACAAACCCAGCAUUAAUCUCUUAUUUUCUUAAGAAGGGACUCUGGUGAGCCCUACAAGUCAACGUGCAAAGCAAUAGUGACACCUAGAGGUCAGAUCGAGGACUGCUUUUGAUGGAAGGUGCUCUUUCCCGUUUACCCCUUAUGAAUUAUGCAGCAGACAUUCAAUUUAGCUGCUCCCAUGGUGGACGAGGAGGUCACCCCCAGUCGCAUGGCUACCACAGCUGUACGUUAAAGCUCUGGUGGCAUCUCUUUAGCCAUCAGCACUCUUCUGAUCAGGUCUGGAUUUCUCCAUCUUUGUUCAGAUGACUCGCGCUGAAAGAUACAUAUAAAUUAUGAUACAAUAAAAAUUGAAAUUAGUACUUGAAUAGUAAACUCUAUGCUACUAUAGAUAAAAAUAACAAAUAGGCCUACAAGUUAUGUGAAAAUCCUAGAAAAACAGGGAUGGAUACUAGGACUAUCCCAGCCAUCUUAACUGAAACAUGAUGUUCUGAUGACAGGAUAUAACAAGGUUGCAAAACCAAAGAACCUAGAAUUCAGAGUGUAGGAGAUCAGGGUGGGAAAAAUUGAGCAUGGGGUGUGGAAAGGGUGAGAUGGAGGAGAGAAAAGGAGGAAGAAAAGAUCACAGGUUGAGGAGAAUGCAGGAGGGAUGAUGAAGAGGCUGGGUAGACUGAGAGACAGAGGAAGAAGGAGAGCAAGAAAGAAGGAUGUUACAUAUAUUGGUGGUAUUGAGGAUGGCAGGGUUGCUCCCGACAGAGCAGGGGAAUAACAGCAUUGCAGUUAAUAGGGUAGAAAAAGCUGGGGGGCUGUUAACUCUGAAAUGUUCAUUUUUAAACUCAAGCUUUUUUUUUUUCCUUUCACCCCCUCCCCUCCUUGCUCUCUCUCUCUCCCUGACAAUUGUGCUCCCUCCCCAGGCUGUGUAGUAAUGAUAGCUAUUUGACUGCCAUCAGAGGAGCUGGGUAAUGGUCUCUAAAGAACCAUUUCAGACUCAACCUGGCAGCGCUGGCCUCCCAAAAACAUCUGCUUGCCUAUCAAGAGGUACCACCGCACCAGGCACACUACACACACAAAAAGACCAAGUUCAUAUAUCUGGAGACCUCCUCCUAGCUAUAAUUCAAACAUUAAUUCAAGUAUGUGGAGAAAGAUAUGUCGGUGAUGUAAUGUGAGCUUCUGCGACACUGUAUUUGUAGUCAGUAGAAUUAACCUGGCUCACAGGUCAUGAUAGCUUUUCUCUUUGAAAGAGCAAAGCUCCAAACUGUCAGUCAGGCUGUUGAAGGGAUUACUUGCUAUUGACAAGCUCACAGCCCAUUGAAGAAAGCCGAAGUGAAGAGAGAUUUCAUUAUGGCGAAAAGGUCAAAUAUGCUUCCCACUAUUACUGAUUUUUGAUAAUAUAGAAACACUUGAUUGUGUGUGUUACUUCAGCUUUUAUUCUGAACCUAAUUGGAUGUUAUUUUGACUCCAUCUUUGAGAUUUCUCAAAUCUAUGUGUCAUACAAUGGUUUACAAGUUCUCAACUGACAGCACAUCAGUUGUGCUGCACUGGAUUUUGUAGUUAAAUCCUUAGCUACUGACUGUAACGUCGCAAACAUAGUAUAUGCAAUUUCUUGUACAUUAUUAUUUAUUAUUAUUAUUAUUUUAUUAUCAAAGCUUCUGGCAACAAUAUAAAAGUGUAAAUAUAAAUGUAAGGGUCAUAGUGCAUGUCUAAGGUUAACAUCUUUGCUUAGAGGAUCUUGAACAAAUGUAAACAAAGGAUAGAUUUGCCAAAGCCAAUAACGGUUAAUGAAUGUCUUAUUGUUCCUAUGCUUAGAAAAGUGUGUGUGUGUGUGUGUGUAUGUGUAUGUGUAUAUGUGUGUGUGUGGUUCAGGCUUACUUGUCCCACACGCGGUCAGUCCCCGACAGAUGGAAGGUUCUGUGUCCAAGACGCGCCCAAGGAGAGGAGGAGGGGUUUGGGGCUGCUAUGGAUUAGAUUGGUCUAAUAAAAGAGUUGGAUCAUUGAAAGGCAGAUUAGGGGCCUGUGGUGGAGACUGUUUUUCGAACAAACAUGCUUGGGAUUUGAAAUGGAUCGACAAUAUGUGUAGCAUUACGCAAACAUGAGACAACACAGCCAGUGAAAUGCUAUGCAAACAACUUAUGUGACUGGAAAAGAGCUAGAGAGAUGUUUUCAGUCACAGUAAAUUGGUCUUCAAUGGCUACAUGUCAGGCAUCUUUGAAUAAGCAUCUGUUUGUUACCUCCAACUACACUCACACACCCAUGCACACAUUGCUGUAAUAAAGAUGACCAGCCGAGCUCGGAAUCAGAGAAGUCAUGUAACUGUAUCCUGAGUGUGCACUGGAAAGCCGAUCCCCCUCUCAGGCCACUACCACUGGUGCUGGGGGAGGGCUCUGGUUACCCAGCUUUGUGUCAAAGCGCCAUCAGCAAAGAGUUAGAGACUGGGGAGGAGGACAAAGGCAGGAGCACUAUAGAACGGGUGGAUUACUGGGCCUCCAUAAAGGGUCUCUAGUGUAAGAAUACGUCCAAUAUACCGAGAGGGGAGAAAGGACGUAUAAAAAGAAACAUAAGAGGACAACAGGUGAAAGGGAGGUAGAAAAGGUGUCGAAGUACACCUAAAAAGCUGCACUGUACUUCAGGUGCCGUUUGUUGACAAGCUGGUCUGGCAUCUUAGUGGGCACCUUGCACACUAACAUGCUGCUAUUUCUCGAGGUCUCGGAGGACAAUGAUGUGUCUUUUUAAGGGAUGCACAAGUCCUAAGGAUGUGACUGAAGUAAAAAUACUUAGAAGAGGACAAGGAGACAAACUAAUCAGAUGUCAGACUGAAGGACUGAGACGACUAAGGCAUCUAGAAGAAGUAAAACCGUGUGACUUGGUCUUGAGCAGCAUCUCUUUAAGAGAUCAGUAGUCCCACAAUCUCAAAGGCAGCCAAUGAAGAGGACAAGAGAUGCAGGUGAAUUGAGAAGGAAAGGGAAUGAGAGAGAAAGCGGGUGAAAGAGGCACAGAGGAAAAGGAACCGUUGGGAUCAGGGUGACGUCAGCAGCUCUCUGGAUUGAGGUGUUGAGUCCUCCUGAUUAUAAUCUGAUCUGAUUAGGAAACACAGGAAAAAAAUCUCCAGAGCCUCUGCAAGUUCUCCGGGGAGCAAGACGUUGUUUUUACCAAGCGGAGCGGAGGCCAGGACCAGGGACAAAACUAGAAGAGGAACUAAGGCCUAAUAAAGAAAGUUAAGGCCUGUAUCUGAAGAGAAUAGGCUACAUUAAGGAGUCUAUAGUGAAGUGGACUUCACUUUACCCUUCCCCAAUUGGAAGAAAAUUAAUCAGGACACAUAGGAGAGCUAACUUUGUAAGUCUGCAGGCUGAUCAGCUUCUUCUCUGGACUUUCAACACUCUCUGGGUUGUAAGCCAGGAUGCCCUCCAAUGGCAGUAAAGCCCUGAAGCUACAAUUCGGGCUUAUUAAUCAUGAGAAUCGCUAUCUAACAGCGGAGGCCUUUGGCUUCAAGGUGAACGCUUCAGCUCCAAGUCUCAAGAAGAAGCAGAUCUGGACUCUAGAGCAGGAUGAGCAGGAUGGUCAGGUGGUUUACCUACGCAGUCACCUGGGUCGCUACCUGGCUUCCGACAAAGAUGGCAAGGUGAGCUGUGAGGCUGAGAGCAAAGAGAUCGACUGCCGCUUUCUGAUUGUGGCACAGUCAGAUGGCCGUUGGGCCCUGCAGUCCGAGCCAUAUCUGCGUUUCUUUGGAGGUUCAGAGGACUACCUGUCCUGCUUCGCUCAGACCAUUGGCGAGGCAGAACUAUGGGCCAUGCACCUGGCCCUGCACCCACAGGCAAAUCUGCUCAGUGUGGCCCGCAAACGCUAUGCCCACCUUGCGUCUCCAGAGGGAGAGAUUGCUGUGGACAGUAACAUCCCCUGGGGUGUGGAUGCUCUUCUAACUCUUGUGUACAUGGAUGGCAAAUAUUGUCUAAAGACCAGUGACAGCCGCUUCCUAGGCAACGAUGGGAAACUGUCCUCUGAAAAUGGCCGUGGGACAGGCUACACCUUGGAACUGAAAUCAGGCAAAUUGGCCUUCAAGGACUGUGAGGGGAAAUACUUGACCCCCAUGGGGCCCACUGGAACUCUGCGCUCUGGACGCUGCUCCAAACCUGGCAAAGACGAGCUGUUUGAUCUUGAAGAAAGCCAUCCGCAAGUGGUGUUUCAGGCCGCCAACAACAGAUUUGUCUCCAUCCGACAAGGAGUGAGUGUCUCAGCCAAUCAGGACGAUGAGACAGACAUGGAGACGUUUCAAAUGGAAAUUGAUAAAGACACAAAAAAGUGCAAAUUCAGAACAAAUGAAGGGAAUUACUGGACGCUUGUCGCUCAUGGAGGCAUCCAGUCAACAGCUACUGAAGCCGGUGCCAACACCAUGUUUGACAUAGUGUGGCUCGGUCGACGGGUGGCACUGCGAGCCAGCAAUGGAAAAUACGUGUGCACUAAGAAAAAUGGCCAGCUUUCUGCAGUCAGUGACUCUGUGGGUGAGGAUGAGCAGUUGAUUCUGAAGCUGAUCAAUAGGCCCAUUCUGAUUCUGAGGGGAGAGAAUGGUUAUGUAUGCCACCAUAAGAACUCUAAUACACUUGACGCCAAUCGUUCAGUGUAUGACAUAUUUACACUGCAGUUCAAUGAUGGAGCAUACCAGAUUAAAGGUUCUGGUGGAAAAUUCUGGUAUGUGUCCAACAGUGGUUUGGUGUGCUCUGAUGGAGACACACCUGAAGAUUUCUGCUUUGAGUUCUUAGAGCAUGGACGGAUAGCUAUGAGGGGCAAAAAUGGCAAAUACCUGCGUGGAGACCAAGGAGGCAAUCUGAAAGGAGACGGAGAGAAUGCAGACAGCUCUUCCCUCUGGGAAUACUGACACCAUGUGGACAUUUAAGGAACUGUCACUCACCUGUGUUAAACUCUUGGAUUUACAGAUGUGAGAAAAUAAAUUGCUACAGUUGAGGUUUAAUGUUCCGACAUCUGUUUCCCAUCAAUCAGCAUUUGAUUGUAGUAUUCAGUAUUACGCAUGUAUUCUUUACCAUUUCUGGUUUAUAGUCCUAUACAAAAUGAGCAUGUAGAAAAAGAAAAACAAACAUGACAAGAACCUUUAUCAUAUCAGCUCACUGUUAAGAAAACUGUGUGAGGUAAUAAUCAUGCCUAAGUCUUGCAUAGCAUGCUAUUAUUGUGGCAAAUCACUUCUAUGUUCGUUUGCAAAUUGACACAUGGGAAUACAUAAUUGUUGUUUUUCUUUAUUACUAUUUUUAAACCCUUUAUUUUCUUGUCUUUCGUGCUAUUAUUUAUUACCAUGUCAAUGCCUGUCGGUUCCAGUGAAGCUUAUUUUAUUCUCUGGGGUUACAGACUGCUGUGUUUGUAUUAUAUGGACAUACAAGACAUAGAAAUAUAUUUAGGCUGGGCAAAUGAACUCUUCUUGUUGUUUCUUUAAGCUUACUGUAGCAACUGACAGGGAAGCCAAUCAACCAUGGAUAGAAGAGGAUACACAGUAAUUACUUCAUCUCACCAAAAUGACAUGUACCAGGAUUAAAUUAAUUUUAUUCCCUAUUGUGAUUUAUUUGCGUUUUUGUGCUUAAGACCAUCUGCAAAAGUUUUACAAUUAUUACAAUAAAAUCCUCUCUCUUAA